AUGGAUACCCUUGAGAAAACCUCCAAAACUGCCAGGCUGGUGCCAAAGAUCGCAUCCGAUAAUCCACACGACAUCGUGUUGUAUGCAAUCUCAACAGAAAAGGCCGCAAGAUGCAUGGAGCAGUUCAACACAAUGGUCUUCUACGUCAAGAAGACAUCAACUAAGCCGGAGAUAAAAAAAGCAAUCACAGAACUGUACUCUGCAAAGAUAAAAAAGGUCAACACACUCAUAAACAAGCAUGGUAAGAAGGCAUAUGUCAGGUUUGCUGAGGAUGGCCUUGCACUCGAGAUCGCAUCUAACAUAGGCAUAAUCUGA